AUGAAAUUCGACUUCGAAACAAGUGUUUCAACGCACAGUCGCCGAAUUCCCCUCCAACCUACCAACAACACCAAGAAGCCCUCAAAUCCUUACCGAGCCACGUCGGCUAGGAGGCUGCCCCUACCCACCACCCACUUGAGCCCAGCUAGGAGCCAUCUGGAUCUCCUUAUUGACCAUCGUUUCUCAAAAUCCUCCCAACGUCGUCGAAGGUACACUCUGUCGACUUGGUCCCCUUUAAUCCUGGUCGUCUGUUGGACGCCCAUUUUUCUCCUCCUAAUGUCAUCCCUCGCACCUGGGGUGCUAGCUGCAAGUGAGAGUGAAACCAUCACUCUCUCCCGAGCGUUGGAUAGUCCACCUGGCGAAUUAGUCGAAUUAAAGACGCUCCUCAAAUCACCACCGGUAGCAGAUGAGAAUUCUAAACCCAUCCACGAGUUGACGGAAGUAGAACUUUCCGACGAUUUGGAAUUGCCCGAUGGUAUUGAAGACGGUUCGCAAAAUGAGGAUGUCUCCAUCUUCGGUGAACCAGAAAUGGAUGUCUUUUCGGGAGACAUGGAUUUACAAGCAGACACCAUGCUUGUGGACGAGUAUUCCCAAAUUUCAAAGCGAGAAGUACACAUCAAAGGUGGGUUUUUGAUGUUUACUUGCAAAAAGAUGUAA